AUGUUCAUGAGGCCACUACUAUCGCCACAGCUGCUUCGGCAGGCCGCCCGCCCGGCUGCGGCGUCGUCGUCGUCGUUGGCGUCGCGGGCCUCGAGACCCGCCGCCUCGGCCUUCUCGCGAUCGCCAAUGCUGUCGCUCGCACAACAACGACUCCUGUCCGAUGCCACGAGGCAAGCAAUCGACAAGGCCGUCGCCUCCGCACCCGUGGUUCUGUUCAUGAAGGGCACACCAGAGACCCCGCAGUGCGGCUUCUCGAGGGCCAGCAUCCAGAUCCUGGGCCUGCAGGGCGUCGACCCCAACAAGUUUGCGGCCUUCAACGUCCUGGAGGAUUCCGAGCUGCGCGCAGGCAUCAAGGAGUACUCGGACUGGCCCACCAUUCCCCAGCUGUAUGUCGACAAGGAGUUCAUCGGCGGCUGCGACAUCCUGAUCUCCAUGCACCAGAACGGCGAGCUUGCGAAGCUGCUCGAGGAGAAGACGGUCCUGGCAGCCCCCGAGGCCACCGAAGGCGACAAGAAGGAGUAG